AUGGACCCAUUGCCAAAGCAGAAGGAUGUAACGCCUGCUAAAGGCAAGGACAAGUGCGAGGCUGCUAAGGCAGCAUUUGCAAAAAAUGUACACGUUAAACGUGUUAUGUACCUGUUAAACGCAGCGGUAGUGAUGGCCAAAGAUUAUCCUAACAUCAGCCGUGCUUACAUCCGUGAACUCAGGGAAAUCGCAAAUAAACAUGUAAUAAGACUUGACCCGUCAUUCAAGAUAAACUUCUGCAAGGGAUGUAACACGGUAACGCUGCCUGGAAUAAAUGCAGUUUACGCGGCGGAGUGUCACAAAGAAUGGCACAGGAACGUGCCGAGGAACGCAAGUGUACGUGAUGCCACUUCCUGCGACCCAGAAAUACCGGGGCACGAUGACGAACCUCACGCCCACACCCUGCUUGAUGAAUCGACUUAUGAUUGGCUUGCUGUGACAUGCUGUGUAUGCACUCGAACCCGGAGGACUAAGCUUAAACACCCCGAUGCUACAGAUUGA